AUGGAUGUGACCUUCUUCCCGUUCGAUCGGCAGAACUGCUCUAUGAAGUUUGACUCUUGGACGUAUGACGUAAACAUGGUUGAUCUAGUGCUUGUCAACCAGCAGGUGGACCGAAGCGACUUCUUUGAUAACGGCGAGUGGGAGAUUCUUAGCGCCACUGGGGUCAAAGGCAGUCGACGAGACGGCCACCUCUCCUACCCCUACCUCACAUACUCAUUCAUCCUGAAACGUCUUCCUCUCUUCUACACACUCUUCCUCAUUAUUCCCUGCCUGGGCUUGUCCUUCCUUACAGUGCUGGUCUUCUACCUUCCCUCUGAUGAAGGGGAAAAAGUCUCUCUCUCCACCUCUGUCCUGGUGUCCCUCACUGUUUUCCUUCUCGUCAUCGAGGAGAUCAUCCCUUCUUCCUCAAAGGUUAUCCCACUGAUUGGAGAGUACCUGCUUUUUAUCAUGAUCUUUGUCACUCUCUCCAUCAUCGUGACAGUUUUUGUGAUCAACGUACACCACCGCUCUUCAGCUACUUACCAUCCUAUGUCUCCAUGGGUGCGUUCUCCGUUUCUCCAGCGGCUGCCUCAUUUGCUCUGCAUGAGGGGAAACACAGACCGCUAUCAUUACCCACAGCUGGAGCCUCACAGCCCUGACCUCAAGCCCAGGAACAAGAAAGGGCCACCUGGCCCUGAAGGAGAAGGUCAAGCUCCGCUGGAAGAGGCCACCAACUCAGUUCGCUACAUCUCAAGACACAUUAAGAAGGAGCAUUUUAUUACAGAGGCAGUACAGGACUGGAAGUUUGUGGCUCAGGUGUUGGACAGGAUAUUUCUCUGGGCAUUCCUCACGGUCUCUGUGCUCGGCACCAUCCUCAUCUUUACACCUGCCCUCAAGAUGUUCCUGCGCACACCUCCACCUCCCUCUCCAUGACAAUUGAGUCAUUCCUGUCAAAUCAUCACAUCACAAAAGGGAAUUCUACUGUACCUCCAACAAUAUUACAGACAAUGCACAUUACUGUAUAAAAGUAAUUUGUUCUUUCACUGCGUUAAAUACUCAGAUUUAUGAUUAACAUUAUAAGAUGACCAGCAAUGUUAAUCAAAUGUGAUAUGUGCAGAGUAGCAUCCUUUGUCCUCAGUGAUACAACAUGCCGUUUAAAACGUCUUGUUUGUAGAUAAUUUAGUUAUUCAUUCUUACAUUUUAAUUUAAAGACAACAUAAACACUGUGUAAAAAAAGAAAGAAAGAAAGAUUUUUUUGACCUGUGCAGGAAAAAAUAAAAUCUCCACAAAAUCAGAAAACGGUUUUGUCCAUCUUCCUGAGGAAACACAGCUCUGUUUGGUUGUCAUAUGUUCCUGUCCCGAUUCUUAACAUACUUUCUUUUCUUUGGCACACAU